UUUCAGUGCAUCGGAGUCUUUCGACGCGAUCGGUUCGACGUUUUAAAGUUUCAGUUCUGCUACAGGUGGUCCUGUUUUGAGAUCUAGUGACAAUUCGGUACCGUAAGUCGCUUCGUGUUCGCCUGCACGAAGAGUGUGUAACAAGCACAAAGGAAUUAUCUGUGAGGAUAUUUGAAUGUUGAAUUCGGGAUCCUGGAAUUCAAUUCAGGAGGCAAAAUGUAGAAGUGCCUAUUUAGGUUCUAGUGGUAGGAGCAAUAUAUAUCAAAGUAAUCAACUGUACCUCAGCGUUGGAACCGAGGAUAAAAAAUGAAUUCAAAGAUCAACUUGAUGAAUCGUGCUACGUGAAGUGAUUUUUUUAUGUUAUUUAUUGAAUCGGAUGAAGAUUGUGCAAUUGAGCUUAGCAGUUUAAAGAUUAUUUAAGCUGCUCAAUUGAAGAUGAAAUCUUCGUUUGAAUUCAGUCUACGACGCAGCCGCCGUGAAAUGACAAACCACGAUGAUAAGGUGUGAAAACUCGAUGUUUUGUAGAAAUGAAAGAGGCGUGCGCGAGUGUGUGAAUGUGUAACCCAACAUGAAGCCGAUCACUUUCGAAUCUAUCCGGAAUUUGCUCAAGACAAAGAAAAAGCAAAAAGAUAAGUCCAGUAUCGAUCAAAGUUUCAAACGGAGCGACUCGUUCAAGCGCAUCAGCAUACGUAAAAGUUACUUGGAGCGUGGCCGGAAACGCAAUGCUGCCGCAGUGCUACGAAGCUCCACCAAGAAUCUGGUUAACAUCAAUGAGUUCGAAAACCAGGCCAAGGUGAUUAAACAACCGGAUAAGCUGGUUAAAACAUCGAAUAACAAUGAAGCUGGCAGUUCUACCGGUCCGAAGGAAGCUUCUUUUCGUCCAGUACACGAGCUAUCGUUCGAAGAGAAAUUGGAAUCCAACGACGCUUCUUUGGAUGAAAAAAUACGUGCCCUACAAGAAAUCAACGAUCGUUACAUCAGCGAGAAUCAAAACCUUAUCGAAAAAAGUUACGAGGUUACUAAACAUGUGGAGAAAGUAAAAAUUAAAAAACCCCCAAGACCAUCGAAACAAGGGCUUCAAAAAUCCCGUGAGAAUGAAGGACAAACAUCAAUUUCAACCGAUCUUAAAGCUCGAAGCACGGAAUCCGUCAAUACACCUCCAGUUACCUCCAGUGACACUUUGGAAUCAACCCGUGCUAAAAACAUUUCCCACGUGAGCAUUACAACUGCAGAUGUAAUUCCUGAGGAAGAUGAGAGUACAAUUUAUUCUUACGAACCGGAGUCUCAGUCUAUGAGCCGCAAGACCGACGAUUUGGACGACAAAUCUUUUUACAGCAUCAGUACUUUUACCAUUGAAAGUAACACCAUGAACAAUACCAAUGCCUCUUCCAAGAGAUCCUUUCGUAGUAACUUCAGCACAUCGACAGCUACCAAGGAGCUGCCAACAUUGGUAACAAUCAAAACGUAUUGUGAACCGAACGCAUCUGUUCAAUCGACGACUCACGUGAACGAAAAGUAUUUAGAAACUAGCUUUGACAGCUAUCCAGAGGAUACACUAACCCAAAAGCCUGAGAUUCUCUCGAAAAAAGCAGCAAGCUUAAACAAAGCAUCCCAUCCUAGCAAUAAAGGUAAUACAAAUACCAAAACAUCCUCCCUAAAAGACUCUCGCCCGAAAAUCAAUACACAAACUUUCAAAAUGAUUCGUAGUAAAUCCCGCGAGGGGAUUGUUAUACGGAUUCCGGCUAUCGAUGGUGAUCCGCUUCCAGCAGUGAAGCAAACUAAAGAACACGAGAAUCAAGAGACGGAAAAUUUGAACCGACAACUUAGUAACGACUCGGCCCUGGACCUCAUAGACGUCGACAUAAAAGUAGACGAAAAAGACAUGCAAAACAGAAAUACGGUUGAGCUUAAAAAUCAGGUAAAUAAAUAUAAAAAGAAGCUAAGGAAAUCCGGUGGUAAAACUGCAACGUUGGAUCUAGGAGACUGUAGUAACAGCACAUUUAAAAGUCAUGAACAUUUCGAGUUAGAACGGAGUUAUACGUCAAAAGAGCGACCGGAACCAAAGUUUAUCUUUCCCAGUAAUUAUUUUGAAGAAGAGAACAACAUUUUCUACGAUCAAACAGUGUAUGACGACACAGAGAUUGCUUCGCCAGAAAACAGCAUUCCCUAUGCUUUACGAAUUAAAGAAAAUCCCUUUACUAAAAAUAAAGAGUUUUACUCAAUCAACACCGGCCGCAUUUGGAAACAACUCAACCUUGGGCAAGAAGAAGAUCUGUCUAUUCUCUCAGCAGCCCCUCGUAUUCCUGUACCGAAAACAAAAAACGAAUCUUUCAAAUCGAUGUCCUCAAGAGACUCGGGAUUUAGUUUAACCUUAACGAAACCGAAAAACCUAUUUCGUCGAAAAUCGAAAAAGGCUACUUUACUGCAACGCAGAAAACCCAAAUUGGCUGUAAGUAAGGAUGGUUAUUUCAAGCGCGUCAUGGUGGUACAGAGGAAUUCCUCUAAGAAAAAGCGCUCAAUUAGGAAAACACGCAUGCAGAGUAAAGAUAUUUUUCGAGAGCUGUACGACGAAAACUGGACGAAGCUGGAUGAUGAUUUUACCGAUCAACAAGCACCGGACUUCGCGAGGGAUUUCGAAAACUUUUGCAAUAAUCGACGGUAUCAUCAGCGGAUCGAUGAUCUUGAAGCGUUUUACGAGGAACAUUUGAAAAGACUAAGGCAUUAUUAUAUCCAAAAGAAAAAAAUGAACGAAGCCGCAAUUAAGGAGUUUUAUAGAGAUUAUAACGGGGAGAAUUUAGACAACGAGAAUGACUAUUACGAUUCAUUCAUCGUGUCAAAAAAUGAUACAAUUCGGUUGAAGAAUCAUAUCCAGAGAAAGUACUUUUUGGAGAACGAAGCUGAAUCUUCUAUGGAGUUUAUGUUCCCGCAUCCAGAUAAGCGUAAAGCAAGUGCCCUGGCUGCAAAACCGAAAGCGAAAGGAAAGAAACACCUUUUUUAUGAAGUGCGACCGUACGGGAGCACUUUUGAACCCAUGAGCCCUAUGGAACUGGGAACAAGAGGAACAGAUGUGGUGAGAGAAUUGAAGUUACUCAGAUCUGCUGGUUGUGCCGCCGCUGAUUGUCGUUUGUUACCAACGGGGAAAAUUGACCGAGCAUCGGAUAAGCCACAGAAUAUAAAUGAAGGUCAAGUGAAUGAAAUCUCGCUGGCCAACGUAUUUCCGUCGGUCGAUGGAAAAAAUAUACCGAGUCGGCAUGAUAACAAUAUGGGGAAAGAAGAGCUAGACGAGGGAGAAGAAGAGUUUAGUGAAAAUGAGUUCUUGAUUAAUAGUAUCGGCGAGAACCUGUUUUGUAUACGGUGUGACAAGGCUAACAGUGAUUGCGACUGUUACGAUGACACAACGGAAACGACCAAUGAAAACAGCAAUGAUAACGAAGAAGAACAUGAGUUUCACGUACAGCGUGAGGAAGAAGACGACAAUGUACCGAAUGACGAUGAUGAUGAUGAUGAAAAUUAUUGUGAUGUGCAUGAAUUUAACGAUAUCAACAUAGUGCAUGUGAAUCAUAAGAAAAAAGUGAAAAGGAAAAAAUCAAAGAAACGUGUGCGGAAAAAUCACUCCACUUUGAGACGAGGCAGCUACUGGGGUGAUAUCACUCAAAAGGGAUACGAGAAAAAAAGGACAAGACUGUUGCAGCCAUAUUUAACCAAAAAUGCACAACAAGGUGGAAACAAUGGUGGCGGUGGCGGUGGCGGUGGCAGUAAUAACCCAGGCUACGUAAAUGAUAUUCAAUCGCACCUGCAUCAUCCUUCAUCCCAGCAAAAGCAGAAUAUUUUUACCUCAUCCGGAAGUGGCGGUGGUGGUGGUGGUGGUGGUGGUAGUAGGGAACGUAACGAUCGCGCUAACAGUAGUCAUCACCAUCAACAACAGCAGCAACUACAACAAAACCGUACCCGACGCAGUACCCAGCGGAGGGUUACUCACAAUGAAAAACGAUAUCAUUCAGCUGCUGGACGGCCAGAUGUGCACACCGACGAUCCAAGCUCACAACGAGUGCGGCCGGUUCAGCACCACAUUUCUCCGUCGUCUACCUCAUCCGGAUCGUCCUCUUCCGAACUGCAGAAAAAAGACGUGCCAUCGCUAAAUACUAACUUCAGUAACCUAGCACUACACUCACCUGCAAUAGUAGCCGCCGCAGCCGCGCUAUCGAAAUCCCCGUCCAAAACGGCAAUUGUUUCAACCUCAACAGUAGCGAGCAGCGAACAUGUGGAGCCCGCGGAAACCCAUGUGAUAAUGCGACAGAAACAUCAACAGUAUUUACGGCCGCCGGCUCCAACACAGACGUCAGUCAUGUCUGAGAGCAAUCCUGGACAAACAUUGCCACCUCCGCUAGAAACUAGCUUUGACCGAGCAAGUAAUAAUAACCAAGCGCCUUCGAACAAUAGUAGAAAUAAUAGAAGAAUUGGACGACACGAGAGUCGCUACACCAGUGAAGUACGCCAGGAAGCUGUACAGCAAGCAUUAGCUGCAUUAAAAAAUCGCCCCAAACCUAGCUUACCAAUGCCAUCCAAACGAAGCUCAGUGCUCAAUCGUAGCCCCGAGCGUGAUCAUGACGACACAGAUUCCAGCACCGACGACGAGUCAAUUCCCGAGGAAGGCAUAAUUGGUGGCAGAAUCUCUACACCAGAUCGCGAUAAUUACAACCUGCCACGCGACCACAUUCUUGGUCGAGAACCUAUGAAAUUGCCGUCUACGCGGGAUCAUCAUCACAUUAACCAACAGAAACAAUCCAGUCAACCAGCACCUAUAGAGCGACGACCACCCCAGAGUAUACCGACAUCAAACACCCAACAUGCCACCCUAUCCGAUACCUCAAGUGCAGGAUCACCUCCAGCAGUGCAUCGUACCUACUACAACCAAAAAAAUAGCUACGACAUAACGGAUAUCUCAGAGUAUCAGCCACGACCGUAUGCUGCCCCAGACAUCACACAAUUCAGUGCCAAUACACGGCGAGGUGCAGACCGGGUUACACGGUACGUCAACUUGUCCAAUCAAGAACCCGGCGACACCAGCACUGCCGGAAGAUGGAAAGUGUCCGCCAAGAUUCAGCAGUUGCUGAAUACCUUGAAACGGCCGAAACGGCGACCGCUACCAGAAUUUUACGAAGACAAUGACAUCGAGCUUGAAAUUGCAGCUAACCCGAAGGAUCCUAAUGCUCCAAAACCAGAAGGUAGUGUCAUGACCGCUGUACAGGGAGAACAAUUGAUCGUCCCAUCGGGUCUGCCUCGAACACUGGAGGCUGCUCUUCAACGGUACGGAACCAGUUCGUUCAAAGCUCCGAUGGCUACUGUGUUGGAUCCUAACGGAAAAAUGACAACCACUUUAACCUACGGAAAACUACUAUCACGAGCGCAAAAAAUCGCCUACGCCCUUUCGACGAAAGUAUUUAGCAAAGGGCCCGAGCAGAUAUCUCUCAAACCGGGUGAUCGUGUAGCGCUUGUCUAUCCUAACAGUGAUCCACUGAGCUUCCUAACUGCUUGGUACGGUUGCAUGUUUCGUGGACUGGUCCCAUUGCCAAUUGAGUUGCCACUGUCCAGCUCGGACUCUCCGCCGCAACAGGUAGGCUUUCUACUGAGCUCAUGUGGAGUGCAGGUUGCCCUAACCUCGGAAGCUUGUCUGAAGGGUCUGCCAAAAUCAUCCACUGGCGAAGUGGCCAAACUUAAAGGGUGGCCACGGUUGCAUUGGUUUGUCACCGAACACCUUCCGAAGGUUCCGAAGGAUUUCAAUACCAAUAACAAUCGCAUAAGCGAGGACUCCAUAGCUUAUAUCGAAUACACUACUGAUAAGGAAGGUAGUGUCAUGGGUGUAACUGUCACUCGACAAUCUAUGAUCAAUCACUGUCGAGCGCUAACUAUGGCUUGUCACUAUACUGAAGGGGAAACGAAUGUUUGUGUUUUGGACUUCAAAAGAGAGGUUGGCCUGUGGCACAGCAUUCUAACCUCGGUGCUCAACGGAAUGCACGUCCUGUUUAUCCCAUAUGCGUUGAUGAAACUAAAGCCUUCAUCUUGGAUGCAAUUAAUCACAAAAUAUCGUGCUUCUUGUUGUUUGGUAAAGAGCCGUGAUCUUCACUGGGGUCUGCUUGCAACCAAGGAUCACAAAGAAAUUUCACUUUCAUCACUGCGUAUGCUAUUAGUAGCAGAUGGUGCCAACCCAUGGUCCCUUUCGAGCUGUGAUCAAUUUCUUAGUGUAUUCCAAUCGAAGGGCUUACGUCCGGAUGCUAUUUGUCCAUGUGCAAGCAGUUCGGAGGUAUUUACUGUAUCACUCCGACGACCAGGGCGAUCCGCUGGAGGUUACAAUCAAUCAGCUAGCGGACGUGGUGUGCUAUCAAUGGCUGCUCUUUCACAUGGUGUUGUACGGGUCGAUAGUGAGGAUUCACUUACUUCACUUACCCUACAGGACUGCGGUCAGGUUAUGCCCAGUGCUACAAUGGUUGUAGUUAAUGCGGAAGGAUCACCGGUGCUAUGCAAAACGGAUCAAGUUGGUGAAAUUUGUGUUACAUCUGGAUCGACAGGCACUAGCUACUUUGGACUGGAUGGUAUGACAAAUUCUACCUUCAAGGUGCAACCGCUGACCGAGCCAUCGCCGGUCAAAGAAGGAGAAAUUCAAACGAUAGGCAAACCAAUAAGUGACGAAUCGUACGUUCGAAGUGGUUUGUUAGGAUUCCUAGGUCCGGGAGGUUUGGUAUUUGUGUGCGGUUCCAGGGAUGGGUUGAUGACUGUAACUGGUCGCAAACACAAUGCAGAUGACAUAAUUGCAACUGUAUUAGCCGUCGAACCUGUGCGAUUCAUCUAUCGAGGUCGUAUUGCUGUGUUUAGCAUAAAAGUACUACGAGAUGAACGAGUUUGUGUAAUUGCCGAACAACGUCCGGACUGUUCCGAAGAGGAAUCCUUCCAGUGGAUGUCCCGCGUAUUACAAGCAGUAGACUCUAUACAUCAAGUCGGCAUUUACUGUUUAGCGCUAGUUCCUCCAAAUCACCUACCAAAAACGCCGUUGGGAGGAAUUCAUUUAACUGAAGCUCGACGGCGGUUCCUUGAGGGCUCAUUGCAUCCGGCCAAUGUACUUAUGUGUCCUCAUACGUGCGUUACAAAUCUGCCUAAGCCGAGAGAACUCCACCACGGUUCUAUCCAACAACUUCAAAUUUCCGGAACCACACCAUCGUCAUCGACUUCGAUCAAUACUACCGGAACAGAUGCCUCUGUCGGCCCAGCUUCUGUGAUGGUCGGCAAUCUGGUACAAGGCAACCGGUUGGCUUCAGCCCAAGGACGCGAUAUCGGCCUGGCAGACGACAACGAGCGAAAGCAUCAGCUGAUAACCGGAGUGCUCCGAUGGCGUGCUAAUUCGUCCCCGGACCAUGUGCUAUACACUCUGCUUAAUUCGAAGGGUACUGUUGCCAAAACGCUGACCUGCUCUGAACUUCACAAACGAGCGGAAAAAAUUGCUGCCUUGCUUCAGGAGCGUGGCAAAGUAAAUCCCGGAGAUCAUGUGGCUCUAAUUUUCCCUCCGGGACUGGAUUUGAUUUGUGCAUUCUACGGCUGUCUGUAUCUUGGUGCCGUUCCAGUUACAAUACGGCCUCCCCAUCCUCAAAACCUCAUCACAACCCUGCCCACCGUACGAAUGAUAGUUGAUGUGUCAAAAAGUGGAAUCAUCCUAUCUAUUCAGAGUAUUAUCAAAUUGCUCAAAUCCCGCGAAGCGGCCACUUCAAUCGACCCGAAAAGUUGGCCGGUAAUUUUAGACAUCGAAGACAAUCCGAAGAGGAAAUUAGCUGCCAUUGCCAAUAGUACACUGGAUUCUACAGCAUAUCUAGACUUCAGUGUUUCCACCUGUGGACGAUUAAGUGGAGUUAUUAUUACACACCGAUCUCUUUCAAGUUUGUGUGCCAGCUUGAAAUUAGCCUGUGAAUUGUAUCCUAGUCGCCAUGUGGCUCUUUGCCUAGAUCCAUACUGUGGUUUAGGUUUCUCCAUGUGGACAUUGAUUAGCGUUUACAGUGGCCAUCAUUCGAUACUAAUAGCGCCGUAUGAAGUCGAAGCUAACCCUAGCUUGUGGUUGAGUACACUAUCUCAAUAUCGUGUCCGCGACACAUUCUGCUCGUAUGGUGUUAUUGAGUUGUGCACAAAAGCUUUAAGUAAUUCCAUUCAGAUGCUUAAACAACGGAACGUUAACCUUGGUUGUGUACGGACUUGCGUGGUAGUUGCGGAGGAACGGCCGCGCGUACAGUUGACGCAGCAAUUCUGCAAAUUGUUCCAAGCUUUGGGACUUAACACACGCUGUGUUUCAACGUCCUUUGGAUGUCGGGUAAAUCCUGCUAUCUGUGUACAAGGUGCCAGCUCUGCAGAAAGUGCGCAGGUGUAUGUAGAUCUGCGUGCUCUACGUAACAAUCGGGUAGCUCUCGUAGAACGGGGUGCUCCAAACUCGUUGUGCCUGGUUGAAUCAGGUAAAUUGUUGCCCGGAGUAAGAGUUAUAAUUGCUAACCCGGACAGUAAGGGUCAAUGUGGUGAUUCGCAUUUGGGAGAAAUCUGGGUCCAAUCACCGCAUAAUUCGAACGGCUACUUUACAAUCUACGGAGACGAGACCGACUACAAUGACCAUUUCAAUGCAAAAUUGGUAACAGGCUGCAGUAUCAGCGAAAGUUGGGCACGAACAGGUUACUUGGGAUUCCUCCGGCGUACCGAGUGCUCACAGGCUGGUUCAAUAUUAGACGAAACGACUCCUAGCAUUGCAAGUCGAGAUUCUGAUAACGAAUCAAUUCAUUCACAGGGUCAUAACACAUUAAAUUCGACGACAAGUUCCAAUGCGGGAACAACGACUAUUGGGGUAAGCGGUAACGAGCAGGAGUUACAUGACGCAGUAUAUAUAGUUGGUGCGCUAGAUGAAGUCAUCACGCUCCGGGGCAUGUACUAUCAUCCAAUUGACAUUGAAAACUCAGUACUGCGCUGUCAUAAAAAGAUUGCAGAAUGCGCGGUUUUUACAUGGACGAAUUUGCUUGUUGUUGUUGUGGAAUUGGAUGGAAAUGAAUCUGAAGCACUUGAUUUAGUGCCACUGGUAACCAACACUGUAUUGGAAGAACACCAACUGAUUGUUGGAGUUGUUGUAGUAGUUGAUCCUGGUGUUGUACCCAUCAACAGCCGGGGUGAGAAGCAGAGAAUGCACCUAAGAGACGGUUUCCUCGCCGAUCAGCUUGACCCCAUCUAUGUUGCCUACAAUAUGUAAAGUGCGACAACCGACGGUUGAAGGGUUGGCAUGAUCUGUGCCUCUAAUUUGUUACAAUUUUUAGAUGGCGCUUUCAUUGGGUUCUGAAAGCGCCAGUGAUAUUACUGAAAAGUUACGAACAAAAUACUAGCGGUUGUAAGAAAACCUAACGCACAUCACAUGCACACAUCCAGUCGCACGUGGCAAUAUUUGUCGCUACAAGCAAAAAGUGCAGAUUAAAUGCGAGGUGUCAUCGUUUCCACGAAGUUCAACGUACACAUCCCAACUUCUUGCUGUAAAUAUUUUGUAGGACUUCGAGACAGAGGAAAUGUUUGAUUUAUUGGAAAGCAUAAACAUGUGAAUGCCGCCGAAUUCGUGGGAAUCCUCGGAAUUAUUGAUAAUUUUUUACAAUUUAAUGGCUGUUUUCGAGGUCGAUAUUGGACCUACUUAGCAUAUUAGCAGUAAAAUAGUCUCCACAAUAUAGCAACGUUAGUAUGCUAUAGCAAUUAAACAUUUGAUUCUCUUGCACAAAUUUAUGGUUUAUUAAGUUCAGUCAACAAUUGAUUCCAGUAUUCAUUUUUACUUUUCCGUUUUGUAAAAUACAUUUCCUUUACGCCAGAUUUUAGCAAUCAUACGCGUUGUAGAUUUUAACAUCAUUAUCUAGUCUUUUCAUUUUGUUUUGUAUUUUUAACUGCAUAUGGUUCUACCUACUUGUUCAAAUACAGUGAGUUUUAAACUGUAAACUGAUUUUAGUUGUGAUUAUUGCUUUUAUUUGUACAUUAUAACAUUUUUAAACAAAACUUUGUUGGAUCUCUGUUCCUUACUACCUAAUUGUUUUCUGGAGUCCCAUAUCAUUCUUAUCAUUCCCCAAAAUUCUUCCACUCAGUUUAGCAUUCUCCUAAAUUCAUCUAAAUGAUUACUCAAUUCUCCAAUGUAAUUUAAACUACACUUACAGUGAAAUAAAACGAAUCAUUAAUCAAACUUUGAUUCAAUUUAACGAAGCACAUUGAAACUUUCAUCUGAUUAGCCUAUUGGAGAAACUCUUUUGUAUACAUUAAAGGAGGACAAACAGUGACACAUCGCGAAUGAUAAUUAUAAGGUGACUAUAAGCUUAAACCUACUCUGUUACUGGAGAAUACGAAUGGUAUAUAUAGGAUCAAGCACGUGAAAAAAAGUUAAUGGAAAGGAAUUAGACAAUUAGUUAAAUAUAACUUUCAUAAUAUUACGCGUUCGUCUCUUUAAGCUCCUAUAUAUACAGAACUUAGCAAAGCAAAAAAAAACAGUACAUAUACAAAACAACACACUCAAUCAACACAUACAUUUGAUCCGCAUAGAACGCCAACGAACCGGGAAGAUUGAACUUGUUAGAAUUAGUUUACCUAUUAAUACAUUCAGCAAAAAAAAAGACCGUUGACCCAUGCCGAACACCGCUUCAAGGUGAAGAUCGACUGUGUAAGGACGUAAACAUAAAGAGCGGCUUUGCAACAAUAAAUAACGGCAUUAAAUUUUCGGACGAUUAUUACAUGUAACACAAACAAACAACGCUCACUAAUUCCUUUGUAUUUCUAUUAGCGAGAAGCGCAUAAGCGAAGAAGUUUGAAGCAAAAUAUUUAAUUUAGAAAAUAAAUGUAUUUAGAAAAAGAUAAGACAUCCGAUAUAUCAUA